GUUUUCAUCCAAUAUAGAAGUUUUCUUUCAGUUUUGACUUUAACUCAUUAAGACAUUUAAUUAUGCUUUAAUCGUCCCAUGUUAUUCAACAAUAUGAUGUGAGAAGCCUUCAAUGGUUCUUUUCCAACAGUAUUUUCUCUAUUUUAUUUUAUUUUUAUUGUUUUCAGUCUUUUCAAAGAGUAGAAAAAGAACAGCUGUUGUGUCUGUGGUGCUCAUCACUGCCCCCUAUCAGUCCAGUAUGGGACUUUCUGUUUCACUCUGGGCAUUUUCAAUACACAUUUAUGACUGAUCAGAAAGAUUAAAUGUCACUAAAAUUAAUCCAAUAUAUUAGUAUUGAAACUAAUAUAUUAAAUAUAGUAGACUGUGGAAUAUCAAUAAAUGUAGAACGUGCAAUUAAAUAAGUAUAUUGGCGAUAUAAAGUAAAGGUCAAUAAGUAUGCGCCUACUGGCUGUGAUACAGCGCCCCCAGAGGUGAGGCACAGCACUGCAACGCCUCACCCCUGACUUCUUAUAUGUAUUUCAACAGGCAAUGUGUAACUUCAGUAAUUUUUAACCGCAAAAAUUUUGAUUAUCCAAAAAAUCUUUUUUUUUUUUACUUCUCAUGUGACAAUUUAACUAGUAAAAAGCUACAUGUGCCUAGUUUAAAUGUUUCACUAAAUAUAAAUUUUGGAACGGAAUAUUUGUAAACAAGAGAAGAAACGGAACUAUAAUUUUUGUUCCGGACUUCCGGUUCCACUGGCCCCGCCCCCUCGUCCUCCAUUCAGGAUUCUUCCUCCAUUGUUGUCGUUUCGUCAGCAGCGGGAGCUUUGCUGGCGCUGGAAGAGAGCAACAGCAGCAGCAGCAGAUGAUGAUGAUGAUGAUGAUGAUGACAAUGAAGAUGAUAAUGAACUCUAGAAGGAAGUUUGUGGCUUGAGGUUCAGCUGGAGGGAAGCCGGAGCUCCAGCAGCGGAGGAAGAGACGCCACAAGAUGGAGGACGUUUUCCAGACCAGAGUCCUGCUGCACACAUCAGACCAGAGUACUGAUGUCGACCAGCAGGAGGCGCUGCGUCUCCUGAUAAAGGAGGAAGAGGAAGAACUCUGUGUGAGUCAGGAAGGAGAGCAGCUCAGUGUGAAGGAGGAGACGGACAGCAGGUUUCCAUCUGCUGCAGCUUCCAUCAGCAGUAAGAAUGUUAAAGAAGAGCCUCCAGAAGAACAGAGUUCUGACGUGGAUCCUUUCAACGUAAAGGAUGAAAAUAAUCCAAUCUGCUGCCGUCAGGAAGAGGAGCUGUUCAGAGUGAAGGAGGAGCCUGAUUAUUCCAGGCUCCCGUUAAAUAUUGUUUAUGUAAAUAGUGAGGAAGAUGAAGAGAAACCAGUGAUGUCUCAGCUUCAUCAGCAACAGACAGAAAACGGAGAUUUUCCAUCAGGCGACCAGAUAAAAGCAGAAAUUGAGGUGGAGAUCUGUGGAGCAGCAGAGUCCAGCAGGAACCCAGAUGGAAAUACUCCUGGAGGAACUUUGAGCCAUUCAGAGGAUGAAGAGGAUGAAGAUGAGGAUGAAGAUGAGGAAGAGGACAAUGAUGAUGAUGAUUGGAACUAUCAUGAAUCUCAGUGUAAAACAUUGUCAGACUCUGAGACUGAAGACGUUCAUCAAAAAUCACACCAAAGCAAAAGCACAAAAGUAGAAGUUGAUGAAAAACCUUUUGGUUGUGAUUCUUGUGGGAAAAGAUUUUCCUUAAAGUCUUCUUUGUACAAUCACACAAAAAUCCACACAGGAGAGAAAUUAUUAUCCUGUGAUUUCUGUGGGAAAACUUUUAAUUCAAGUUCAGAUUUAAAGAAACACACACGAGUUCACACAGGAGAGAAACCAUUUUGCUGUGAAGAUUGUGGAAAAAGAUUUUCCCUAAGUGCAUCAUUAAACAGACACAUGAGAGGCCACACAGGAGAAAAACCCUUUGGUUGUGAUGUUUGUGGGAAAAGAUUUACCUUAAACUCACAUUUAAAGACACACAUGAGAGUUCACACAGGAGAAAAACCGUUUCGUUGUGAUGAUUGUGAAACAAGAUUUUCCCAAAGGUCAGCUUUAAAAAGACACAUGAGAAUUCACACAGGAGAAAAACCAUUUGGUUGUGAUGUCUGUGGGAAAAGAUUUAGCAUAAAGUCACAUUUGAAAACACAUAUGAGAAUUCACACACAAGAAAAACCCUAUAGUUGUGAUGAUUGUGGAAAAAGAUUUUCCUUACAGCUAUGUUUAAAGAGACACAUGAGGAUCCACAGAGGAGAGAAACCGUUUGGAUGUGAUGUUUGUGGAAAAAGGUUUAACUUAAAGUCAAAUUUAAAGGUACACAUGAGUGUUCACACUGGACAGAAACCCUUUGGUUGUGAUGAAUGUGGUUUAAAAUUUAGCAUAAAGUCUAACUUAAAGGCACACAUGAGAAUCCACAAGGAUGAAAAAGCCUUUGCUUGUGACGAAUGUGGAAAAAGAUUUAACGUAAAGUCUAGUUUACAGAGACACAUGAAAAGCCACAAAGGUGAACGACCUUUUAGUUGUGAUAUUUGUGGAAAAAGACUGGCCUUGAAGUCCAGUUUAAAGAGACACAUGAAGAUCCACAUGGAAGACCAACCAUAUUUGUUUGUGGGAAAAGAUCUACCUUAAAGUCAUCUUUGAACAACAAUCUCCUGAGAACAAACAACGGUGAAAACCUGGAGGUUGUGACGGCUGUGGAAUCCACACAGGAGGAACCCAAAGACUUGAAGUCACUGAAAGUAGCUUUUAAGCAGAAAUGCUACAAUGUACUUUUAGUUGUGAUGUGUGUGGAAAAAGAUUUUCCUCAAAUUUAAAGAUAUACACCAGAAUCAGGGCAGGAGAUUUAUAGUAUUAUCAUUUCUACUAAUAAAUGUUAGUAUAGGAAAUUUAAAUUGUUUCUUUAAUGAUGUUUAAAAUAUCUCCAUCUCCCAGAAAACCUCUCUGUAUUGUGGGGUUGUUAUUUUGACAAUUUUCUCCACUGUUUGUUGAAUGAAAACAUCAAUAAAUAAUCAUUUGAAAAUCAGAUUUAGUAUAAUUACUGUUUCUAUCUAAUGAAACCCAGCAGGUUGCAUGGAGGUUUUGACCUGGAGGAGAAAACGGCAUCAGUCUCUGGUUUUGUGUCGUGGUUUUUUGGCAGGUGGAGAAUAAACCCCACAGAAAACAAAAAAUACCUGUUGGAAUAACAGAACUCUGUGUCUGAAUGAUCAGACAAGAAACUGAUAAUUGAUUAAAGGAUGUGAAUAAAAUAUGUGAAUUAAAGAAGGUGAAAGGUGUGGACAGAAGAAUUCAGUCAAACAUUGGCUCUUCUGACAACAAAGUUUAUUUAUUGAGUCACUUGGACAAAAAUGGCAGCUGUUCCAUUCAGCUGUCCGUCUAUAAACUAGUUCAACCUUCUCUCUGUCUCCUGGCCAAUCAAACUGCAGCUCCUGCUACAAAGGCGCUGUGUUUGGGGCGGGCUCGUCUUUAGCAGAAUCCAAGAUGGCUGCUGCAGAGGAAACAUCCACAACAAACAUUUCAUUUACACACGCUAGAAUUCAAGAUGUUAAAGAAAAAGGGACUCCUUAACAGAAACAUGAAGUAACACGACAAUCAUCACAUUUCUGGACCCUCGGUUCAAAGUUCUCGGUCUCUGCUGGAUCAACAGCGAACAGAAGAGAAUCAACACCAGCAGAGGGCGCUGUUUCAGUGUGAACUACAAGCAGCUCCUCAGAGAUGAAAACAGCGCGCAGAGACUCUGAGCGGAGCUAGCGAUGCUAACAGGCUCCAGGAGCAGCUUCAGAGGAGCUGUGGUUCCUAAACUGGAGCUUCAGCUCCAACAGAGCUGAAACAAAGCUCUACAACUCUGGUUUAGACGCUAAGAUGUUGAGCUUCCGGUCUGAAGGUAGGAAAAUAUUUAUGAAGAGGUAAGCUCCAUAGAAACGAGUUCCUCUGUUAGCUAUCAUUUGAAAUAAUACAUUUUAAGUCUGUUGUUUUUCUCUCUGAAACAAUAAACUUUUAUUCAAGAGCAGCAAAUUAAAUUUUACUAAUUUCAAACUGAAAUGACUGUCAAUUCAUAAAAGUAUUUAAAUAACAUUAACAGCAGCACCAUCUCUGACCCGGUUCUUCUCUGACUCUGACAUCAUGUCUUCUUUGUUGGACUCUCUUGUCUUUAUGAAAUCAGUUCCUUCAUUCAGAGACUCAAACUGAAAUGUUCUUUAGUGAAGAAGAAGCUUCAUCUGGAUCUGAUGUUGAAGCUGCAGUUUGAAUCCGUCUCAGGAUUCGGUUCAGAAUCCAGUUCAUGUCACUGAUCAGCAUCAUUGUGGCUCCAGAACGUGGCCCACCUCUACCUGUGCAGGCUGGAGGAGGCUAAGAGGAGGUUCUGAUGGAUCCGGUCUUUACCAGCUGUGGACACUGGUUCUGCAGGAAAUGCAUCAGGUGCUACUGGGACCAGUCUGUUCCAUUUGGACCCUCCUCCUGCCCCCAGUGUGGAGAACGACCCAGAACAGGAUCUGAACGUCUGACAGCCAAUCAGAGCAGCUGUUCUCCAGAUUUUAAAAAGGAGGAUCAUUCCAGAAGUCGGGUCAGAACCGGCCGGUAGUCGGGUCGAUGGUGAUGGAGGAAGCACAAAGCGGCGGCGGCGGCGCGGUCCGAGCUGCAGCUCUUUGGAUCAUGUGACGUUUAGUUUCUUUCUGAAUGUAACGUGUUUGUUCUGGUUCUUCUUCAUGUGUAUUUAUGCCGCUGCGCCACCAGCAGAUAUUUAUUCACAUCCAAAUAAAAACUAAAUAUGAAAAA